AUGGCCUCGGACGCCCCCGGGCCGCCCGAGGAGUCAGGCCCAAGUUCCGAUGGGUCGGACCUGGCAGUGAAUCCCUAUGACGGACUCCCUUUCUCCUCCCGAUACUACACUCUGCUGGCCCAGCGUCGUGCCCUCCCUGUCUGGGCUGCACGGUUUAGCUUCCUUGAGCAGCUUGAGAGCAGCCCCAGCGGUGUGGUGCUGGUGUCCGGGGAGCCUGGCUGUGGCAAGAGCACCCAGAUUCCUCAGUGGUGUGCAGAGUUUGCUCUGGCCAGGGGUUUCCAGUAUGGCCGGGUGACUGUCUCCCAGCCACAGCCUUUGGCUGCCCUGAGCCUGGCUCUUCGAGUAGCUGAUGAAAUGGACCUAAGCUUGGGCCAUGAAGUUGGCUACAGCAUCCCUUUGGAGGAUUGCACUGGACCAGACACCCUGCUCAGGUUCUGCUGGGACAAGCUGCUGUUACAGGAAGCAGCCUCAGCUCGAGGAGCAGGAGCUUGGGGUGUUCUGGUACUGGAUGAGGCCCAAGAGCGCUCAGUGGCUUCUGAUGUGCUACAGGGUUUAUUGCGGGAUGCAGGGUUGGGGAAUGACCUUGAAGGCCCACGAGUAGUUGUGGUCACUGAUCCUGCCUUUGAAUCCAAACUCUGUGCCUUUUGGGGUAACCCCCCUGUGAUUCGGGUGGCCCUGGGGCAUGAAGAGGGCCCUAUUCCUGUGUACAAGGAUCCUGCUCCCACUGAUGUGGUGGGUGCUGCCUGCCAGGCUGUACUGGAGUUACACCAGGGUGGGGCUCCAGGGGAUGUGCUAGUCUACCUACCCAGUGAGGAGGACAUUUUGAGGUGCUGCGAGCGUCUUCAAAAGGAGGCAGAACACUUGGGUCCCCAGGUGACCCCGUUUCAGGUGCUGCCACUGCAUCCUGGGCUUGGCCGUGAAGUACAGGCUGUGUAUGAAGAUGUGGAGGGCGGCCCACGGAGGAUCGUGGUCACCCAUUGGCUGGCUAAUUCAUCCUUUUCUCUCCCCUCAAUUCACCACGUCGUUGACUCAGGACUGGAACUUCGAAAUGUUUACAAUCCUCAAAUCAGAGCCGAGUCCCAAGUGAUGAGACCUAUCAGCAAAAGCCAAGCAGAAGCCAGGAGGCUGAGGACUAAAGGCUCCCCACUAGGUUCCUGCCUCCGCCUAUAUCCCAAGUCUUUUUUGGAGCUAAGAACCCCCUUACUUCCUCCACCCCGGAUAUGUGAGGAGAAUCUGAGCAGACUUGUGCUGCUGCUGAAAAGGAGAGACAUUGCAGAGCCAGGAGAGUGUCAUUUUCUGGACCGGCCUGCCCCCGAGGCUCUAAUGCAGGCUCUGGAAGACCUAGAUUAUCUGGCUGCGCUGGACGAUGAUGGAGAUCUGUCAGACCUUGGGGUCAUUCUCUCCGAGCUCCCUCUGCCCCCUGAGCUAGCCAAGGCCCUGCUAGCUGCCUGCGAAUUUGACUGUGUGGAUGAGAUGUUAACCCUGGCAGCAAUGCUUACCACUGCCCCUGGGUUUGAGGGCCCCCCACUGUGUGCGGAGGAAGCUGCCCGACGACGAGCGCUGGAGCAUCCAGAUGGGGACCACAGCACCCUCAUUCAAGUGUACGAGGCCUUUAUACAGAGUGGAGAAGACGAGAACUGGUGUCGGGCCCGGGGGCUGAGCUGGGCAGCAUUGUGCCAGGCCCGGGCAUUGCGGGGGGAGCUCCUGGAACUGAUGCGUCAAAUUGAACUUCCCCUGUCUCCACCAGCAUUUGGCUCUGAACAGAAUCGAAAAAACCUUCAGAGAGCUCUGGUGUCGGGGUACUUCCUCAAGGUGGCUCGAGAUACCGACGGGGCUGGCAAUUACCUGCUCCUGACCCACAAGCACGUGGCCCAGCUGUCCCCAUCCUGCUGCUACCGAAGUCGACGCCCCCCAGCGCAGCCCCCGCCCUGGGUCAUCUACCACAACUUCUCCAUCUCCCAAGAUAACUGCCUCUCCAUCGUGUCUGAGAUCGAGCCCCACAUGCUCGUAGAGCUGGCUCCUUCCUACUUCCUGAGCAACUUGCCUCCCAGCGAGAGCCGAGACCUUCUGAAUCAGCUAAGGGAAGAAAUGACUGGGGUCCCCUCGGGGAGCGAGCCUCCCAGCCAGGACCUCAGCCUGGACGACAAGGAUGCCUGCGCCCUGCAGUGACCUACGGAGACAUCCACCACCACCAGAGGACCCAGAUGGACGGGCCCGCACCUCUGUCCUGAGGCGUAGGGCAGAGUCUUAAAGCCAACAAGUGGGGCCUGGCAAAUUGUAGGACUUGGGGCCACAGCGUAUGGGUGUACGGGAACACGGUGUAAGGGCUGUGACUGCUGGGUUCCAACAAGGGGCUCCAGCUGGGGAGGAGCAGAAGCUCAUUAACCCAAAGCCAGAACGGACAAGACUUCUGUGGGCAGCCUGUCCUUUUUUGCUGGAGAAGCCUUCGCAGGCCCCCUUUCCUCUCCCCCUAAUCCCCAGCCCCUCAUAAAGCUUUUUCUAUGCCUAGAUUUUUCUGGACUUCUUCUUGGACACCUUAUAUACUGUGAACAUAAGGAGUUGGUGAUCCUGGGGUCAGGGGCGACGUGGUGUGUUGGCAGCUAGGAGCUGAAGUGGAGAGAGCCACAGGCCUGGAAGAGAAGUUCCUGAGUUCAAAUCCAGCUUCAUAAACUACUUGUAUGCCCUUAAGCAAGUCACUUAAUCUCUGUUGGCCUCUGUUCUCUCAUCUGCAAAAUGGUGAUAAUAGCACCUACCUCACAGGGUUGUUGUGAGGAUAAAUGCAGUAAUAAUUUUAAAGUGUUAGCAGUGCCCAGCAUAUGCUGAGCCAUAUGUCAGCUAA